AUGCCGGCGGUGCUGAUUCCUGAGCACGCUGGCUCCGUUGAGUCGAAGCAGUCGUUGGUCAUUGUCAUCUCUGCCACUUUUCUUGCGCUGUCGACGCUAGCCGUUCUUUUACGAAUAUACACCCGGAUUUAUAUCCUCGAGCUUCCCGGAUCUGACGAUUGGCUCGUCGUUGUUGCACUCUUUCUCGCCCUCGGGACUUCGAUUGAGGCGGUGCUAGAACUUCACUGGGGCAUGGGACUACACGUGUGGCUUGUGACUGAGGAGAUGGUUCGACAACAGAUGAGGGCACUGUAUGCCUCCGUCCUCAAUUACAACCUCGCGAGCAAUGUCGUCAAGAUGUCCUUCCUUCUCCAGUACCGGCGCAUCUUUGCCAGCAGCAGCCCUACCGCCGACCGAGUAUGCCGCUGGCUCUUCUCCUUCGUUCUCUUUUGGGCUGUCCUACAAGCCGUCCUACUUGGGAUUUGCUGCAUCCCAAUCACCGCAUUCGUUCCCAGCAUGACCGGCAAGUGUCUCGAUACCUUGCCGGUCUGGUACUUCUCGUCCGUCCUGAACAUCGCCAUCGACUUUCUCAUUUUUGCCGUGCCGUUACCCUGCGUUUAUGGCAUGACUAUGCACUCGAACCAGAAAAUGAUGAUAUUUUCUGUCUUCUGCUUGGGCUUCUUUACCUGUAUAAUUUCCGUCAUUCGACUUUCCUAUCUUCCCAAGGCCACCAACCAGGAUGACCCGUCCUGGAACAAGUACGUCGAGUUCCGAGCUGCCUCACCUCCAUGA